GCGUGUUUGGUCCAAAAACAAAAUUCAGAAUUCUAACCACCAAGUACCUGUCAAGCCACAAUGCUGUUUUGCAAAACUAUUUUGGAUGUGGCGAAAGAGAUUGUAACUCCAAAAAUGGUGGCUUGUCAUGCCAUGCCUUACCCUUAAGCUGUUUUUUACUGUCACGGGCAAGAGAGUGAUCACAGAGUGUUUGAGGUGGCGCUGUGUGGCGGCAAUGAUGGGGAGAGAGUGGAAGCUGUUGGUGUUUGCCACAUGGAUACGUCGGAGUGGGACCCGGAUCACGCGGCGUUUCAGGUUCUCAGGACUCGGCCUAGACAGUCUUCUUUCUGUCAUUUUUUCCCAGCUGAUAAUCUUGUUUGGGUUGCAUCACCUGAUCUAGUUAGUUAGUAAUUAUCUAAAUUGUGCUUGGAUAUAUGGUGAACACCAGUAUAUGUAAAAAAGGGUUAUUUGUAAUAUGGUUGAUGAUGUUGUGUUUGUUUUAAUUUAAGAGAAGUGAACCUUAAACACA